GGGUGAAAGUGGAGCAGGUAAGACUGUAAAUACAAAACGAAUUAUUGAAUAUUUGGGAGUGGUAUCCGAAUAUCGGGGUGAAUUUGGAAUAUCCGAUGGUAUUGAUAAACGGCUUAGUGCUGCCGGAAUUGUUAUUGAAGCGUUUGCUAAUGCAUCAACAAUUCAUAACAGUAACAGCUCUCGACUGGGAAAAUUUAUCCGAAUUGAUUAUGGUGAUGAUAUGAUAAUGAAAGGUGCUCAAAUUCAAACUUAUUUGCUCGAAAAAUCGCGUGUUGUAAAGCAAAAUAAUGAUGAUCGGAAUUUUCAUAUUUUUUAUCAAUUAUUAUCAGAUGGUUUUGAUAAGGAUUUACGUUACUCGUUUGGUCUUGGUCAAAAAGCUAGUGCAUAUAAAUUUUUAAAUCAAGGUGGGAAAAUUAUGGAUCCGGAAAUUGAUGAUGCUCAAGGUCAUGCAAUGGAUAUUGUCAAAUUUACCAAGCAUGAAGUGGAGGAAAUUUUUGAAAUUAUAGCUGCUUGCAUUCUUCUUGGUGAAAUUAAAUUCACCGAAAGAACCGGUUUUGAUAUCACUUACGUUGAUGGUGCUAAAGGUCAGUUAUUACUUUACAUGUAA